AUGUCUAUUGAGGAAAUUUCGGACGACGUGAAGGACCUCAAGGUCCAGGAUGCCGGUGCUGACGCCGAGGACACCGAGGUCGGUGUGCCUGACCGCGUGCAGUCGCGCGCCGAGCGCAAGAGCCGCAAGGCCCUGCAGAACAUUGGUCUCAAGCGCAUUCCUGACAUCAAGCGCGUGACUCUCCGCCGCCCCCGUGGUCACCUGUACGUUGUCGCCAACCCCGACGUGUACAAGUCGGCUGUCUCCGACGUGUACAUUGUGUUCGGUGAGGUGAAGAACGAGGACAUGAGCGCCUUUGCCCAGGCCCAGGCCGCCCAGCAGAUGCUCGCCGCCGAGGCGCAGGAGAAGGGUGCCGACGGUGCUGCCAGCACCGAGCCCCAGUUCAACGCUGCGGACCUUGCCUCUUCGAAGAAGGUCGAGGAGGAGGAGGAGGACGAUGACACUCCCAUCGACGAGACUGGUGUGGACGCCAAGGACGUCGACCUCGUCAUCGAGCAGGUGUCGUGCUCGCGCCGGAAGGCCGUCAAGGCUCUCAAGGAGAACAACGGCGACCUGAUCAACGCCAUCAUGAGCCUCAGCUAA